AGUUACAUGGUACAAUAGUACUGUCUCUACAUAGAUGGAAAAAGAAGAGGAGAAGAGAGGGGAAUUCGUUUUUGAAUAUGACGCAGAAGAGGAAAACGGAAAUUUUGAUCAGCACUAAAUUCUGAAAUCCUCUGUAAAUUGGAUAUGUGCAUUUCUUACAUUUCUUGCAUACAUACAAGCUAUACCAUUUUGAAUUUCUGAUUCAAUCACAUGAAAUGUUUUGGCUAUUUUCCUCUGAUACUCAAUUCUUCACCUUAUUCUAUCUCUUCAAAGUCCCAACCUUUUUUAAAAUCUUUGCAACUCCUCCUUUCUACAUUACCCAGAUGGAACACAAGCACUGAUAACCUCAAUAUCACAAACCCAAUUCUCCUUUCAAUGGAAAAUUGCACCUCCAUGUCACAACUCAAGCAAAUUCAAGCUCAAAUGAUUCGCAAAGGCCUCAUCUUUCAUGUCUUUCCUGUUAGUAGAAUCAUUGCCUUUUGUGCUCUCUCGGAUCAUGGUGAUAUGAAUUAUGCUCGUUUAGUUUUUGAUCAUAUUCCAAAUCCAAAUGUUUACACUUGGAAUACUAUGAUCAGGGGCUAUUCCAAUGCUAAAAAUCCUUUAAUGGGUCUUUCAAUUUUCCGCAAAAUGGUGAAAGAAGGGGUUGAAAUGGAUGGGAGAAGCUUUGUUUUUACACUAAAGGUUUUUGGCCAAGUUUCGGGUUUUCGAGAGGGUAGGGCGGUUCAUUGUAGUAUACUUAAGGUGGGUUUUGAAGCAAGUGUGUUGGUGCAAAAUGGGUUGCUUCAUUAUUAUGCAGAUGGUGGGUUUUUGGUUUGUGCACGCCAAGUGUUUGAUGAAUGUGCUAUAAGAGAUGUUGUGACUUGGACCGCGAUGAUUGAUGGUUAUGUACAGAGAGAUGAUCCUGAUGACGCUUUGAGGCUUUUUGAUGUGAUGUUGUGUAGUGAGAUAGUGCCUAAUGAGGUUACUAUGAUUGCAUUGUUAUCGGCGUGUGCUCUUAAGGGGGAUUUGAACUUGGGAAGGAGAAUACACCGUUGUAUAGAGAAGUUUAAUGUAACUUAUACUUCAAAUUUGAUGAAUGCCAUGUUGGAUAUGUAUGUCAAAUGUGGUUGUUUGAUGAGUGCAAGAAGAAUUUUCGAAGAUAUGAAGUAUAGAGAUGUAUUCUCAUGGACUAGUAUGGUUAAUGGUUAUGCGAAGCAUGGCGAACUAGAAAUGGCAAGGAAGUAUUUUGAUGAGAUGCCUACGAAAAAUGUGGUGUCUUGGAAUGCAAUGAUUGCUGGGUAUUCUCAGAAUAGUCAGCCACAAAAUGCCUUAAACUUGUUUCAAGAUAUGUUGAAGGGAGGUGUGAUUCCCAUUGAGGCUACGUUGGUGCCUGUACUUUCUGCUUGUGCACAAUCAGGCUGUCUAGAUAUGGGGCAACGGAUCUUUCACCACUAUGUCCACCAGAAGCGAGUUGAACUUGGUGAAUCUUUAGGAAACGCUUUCAUUGAUGUGUAUGGCAAGUGUGGCAGAAUUGAUAUGGCUGAGAAACUCUUUAAUGAGAUGCCAAAGAGAGACUUGGUGUCAUGGAACUCCAUGAUUGUUGGGUAUGCAGAUCAUGGGAACGCAAACAAGGCUUUAAUCCUCUUUGAGAGAAUGAUAGAUCAGGGCUUUAAGCCUGAUCAUAUUACCUUUGUAGGUAUCCUAUCAGCUUGUGGUCAUGCUGGGUUAGUUGCCAAAGGGCGGGAGCACUUUGCUGGCAUGCAACAGAAUUUCGGAUUGGAGCCUAAAGCCGAACAUUAUGUUUGCAUGAUUGAUUUACUUGGCCGUGUUGGAUUGAUAGAAGAAGCCUACGACAUGAUACAGAAAAUGCCUAUGGAACCGGAUGAAGCUGCAUGGGGUGCUUUGCUUAAUGCAUGUAGGAUGCACGGAAAUGCUGAUAUUGGCAAAUUUGCUGCUUAUAAGUUGAUUGAUCUUAACCCAGAGGAUAGUGGUGCGUAUGUACUUCUAGCAAAUCUGUGUGCUAAGGAGAGAAGAUGGGGGGAGGUAAGGAUUGUUAGAAGUAUGAUGAGAGAAAAAGGUAUUAGGAAGACUCGAGGACAUAGUUUCAUAGAGGUGGAGGGUGACUUCCAUGAAUUUUCUGCUGGAGAUGAUGCUCAUCCUCGCUCCAAGGAUAUAUACAAGAUAUUGGAGGAUAUAUAUGUCACAGAAAAUCUGGAAGAAGAUGUAUUGUUCAGAGUAAGAUGAUACAUGAUGGUUGAGUUUUUUCACAUGAUGUUUAGUCUGGUUCAAUCUUUCUGAUGCCUCUUUCAGGAAGGUUGAAGUAGAGCUUCGCCUUGCAAGAGGCGAUGAAAUGGAUUUCGGAUGUUAUUCAAAAUCAAGAAACAUACUAGUGAAUAUAAACAAAAGGCGGCAUCCAUGCAAAGUAAGACAAGUAAAAGGAAGUUGAAGCCAAUAACAAAUGAACAAUCUUUAUAACUGAAUUUGUUUGCUUAAAUUGAACAUGUGCAGUAGCUAUGACAUAUGAUUUCUGUCUCCUCCAAUAUAUGAUUCUAAGAGUUCAUUUUUUGUCCACUAAUUUGUAUAAGUAAAAGUUAUAUAUUCUUAGAAUAUUGAACGUUAUACGUAAUUACUUAUAAAGUGAUGUUCAUUUUACUCUAUCACAUGUUCC